AUGGCGGGCUGGCUCCUGCCCCCCAACGCCAGCCAGGCUCUGGGCAUGGAGGACAUCCCCCCCUUCCACCCACCACUGUGGGUGCCCCCGCAGCACACGGUGACACGGGUGCCCGUCAUCCGCCACCGCGGCUCCAACACGCUGAAUUUCGACUUCCACAACCCGGCAACCCACAACGUGGCCGAGCGCAGCUGGGCAGCCCCCAGGAGCUCAGCGAGCGAGUGGUACCAGACCUGGCCAGCCAAGGAGGCGAAGGCACCCAGCACCCCGGCGCCCGCCGGCCCCAUGCCCAGCCCCGGGGCCACCCCUGCCUGCCCCCAGCCGCCGGGCUGGUCGGCCACCUGGACCAAGGACAGCAAACGUCGGGAGAGGCGCUGGGUGAAGUACGACGGCAUCGGGCCGGUGGAUGAGACGGGGAUGCCCAUCGCCUCGCGCUCGAGCGUCGACCGGCCCCGUGACUGGUACCGCAGCAUGUUCCGGCAGAUCCACCGCAAGCUGCCAGAGCCGGACUGGGAUGCCCAUCGCUGCCCCACGGAUAGGCUCAGCCCCUCACCCACCACAGUGCCUCCGUGUCCCCCCGAGCCGCGGAGGAAAGGGCCAUCACUGGCCGAGCCCCCCGGCAUGCCCAACGGGCUGGACUGGCCCAGCUGGGGUGACACCGGUGCCACCGCGGAGCCUGGCAGCAUUUUUGACUACGAACCAGGGAAAUCCUUGGUGCUGGAGCAGCCACAGCAGCCCCCGGCAGCGGUGCCGCUGGCGCGGGCUCAGCCCAUCGAGGUGCUGCUGGAGCAGGAGCUGGAGCAGCUCAGCGAGGAGCUGGACAAGGACAUGAGGGCCAUGGAGAGUCACCGGCACCCCUGCCAGCGGGGACGUGCCACCGGCACCACCGGCAAACUUUGGACCCGUCACGCCUGGCCGACUCCAGGACAAGACCCCGGGGGGACGCAGCCGGGGGACCCUGGCGUCCUGGUCUCGGGGCACCCAGGGGUCCUGGCCAGAGGCCCCCCCCCCCCGCCCGCCAGCUCCGGCAUGGAGCGGGGUGGCCUGGGGCUGGCCAGCGAUCGGAGCCGUGCAGCCCCCAGCAGAGACACCCUGAGGCCAGGGACCCUCCCCAGCCUGUCCGACAUGGGGGACCCCACGGAGGCCAUCAGGAAGGAGGAGAAGAAGAUGAAAGCCGCUCGCCUCAAGUUUGACUUCCAAGCCGAGUCACCCAAGGAGCUGACGCUGCAGAAGGGGGACAUCGUCUACAUCCAUAAGGAGGUGGACAGGAACUGGCUGGAGGGCGAGCACCACGGCCGCGUGGGCAUCUUCCCCUCCAACUACGUGGAGAUCCUGCCCCCCACGGAGGUGCCCAAACCCAUCAAGGCGCCCACCAUCCAGGUGCUGGAGUACGGGGAGGCCCUGGCGCUCUACAACUUCCGAGGGGAGCUGCCCGUCGAGCUCUCCUUCCGCAAGGGCGAGCGGAUCUGCCUGGUGCGGCGGGUGGAUGAGAACUGGUACGAGGGGCGCAUCUCUGGCACCAGCCGUCAGGGCAUCUUCCCUGCCACCUACGUUCAGGUGCUGAAGGAGCCGCGGGUGAAAGCCACCGCCGAGGACUUCCCACCCUCGCCCGCCUCCGCCAGCCCCCGGCCCCCCCACGCAGCCCCGGGGGCACCCACCAGCACCCGCCCCGAGCCCGCCCCGUCCUACAACGGCUCCGAAAUCCAGUGGACGCCGUACCGGGCGCUGUACCAGUACCGGCCCCAAAACGCCGACGAGCUGGAGCUGCUGGAGGGGGACCGCGUGGACGUCAUGCAGCAGUGCGACGACGGCUGGUUUGUGGGUGUGUCCAGGAGAACGCAGAAAUUCGGCACUUUCCCCGGCAAUUACGUGGCGCCGGUGUGA